UCGACCUCUUGUCCAAAGAACAGAAGAAGCUGCAAGAUGCCGAGCAGAAAAAUGCUCUGCUCACGAAGCAGAAAGCCGAAUCGCAGAAAGCGUACUUGCAGGAGGUCUCAAUGCUGCGCGAUCAAGCGAGGCCGGGCCGGACCAGCGUGGGAACUGCAAGUGGCGCAGCGGAGGCGCAGCAGAUUCAUCAUGUUGUUGGCAGCGACGGCGUUGUACCGGCGAUCGCUCCGAACACAAUGUUUUACGAACCGCUAAGGUGGAGGACUGAUUUUUUUGGUUCUCAUGGAUUAGAAGUUGCAGCUUCCGUUGCUUUUAAAGUGUUUUCGCCAUGGAUGUUGCAUCUGCAUGUGCAUUCUUGACAAAAAUAAAUGCGUACAAUCUACACGACGCUCAUAUGUAGUGAGGUCACGAACGUUCUAUCCUAGCGAUCUUUUUGCCAUGCAUCACGCAAAACGACCGGCAGUUUUCAAGUGGCCGGAGGUGUUUUUGAGCAUAAAAAAUUUCCAAUUAUCAAGCGGCCGGGGCUUUGCCAUCAAACAAGCCCGGUCGAAAACUAUCGAUUCCCGCUUGAUAAAACGACGCAGGGGAGCCGGCAAAAGGGGCGCCCUUCUGAGGCGCCCACCGCCUUAGUUUCUGGCGGUUUGGGGCGCCCAAAAAGGGGCGCCCAAAAAGUAGCACUCCGAAAAAAACAGCGAAUCCGCAUGGUAUGGGCCUCAUUUUGGCCCACAUUCGGGCCCCGUAAAAAACGCCUUCAAGAUCCGCCAUUUCAGAGGCGGACUUAAGGCCAGAAGAUGCGGCGUUUUGACAAAAAAAAACAAAAAAAACAAAGCCCGCCAAAAGCAAAAAGCCAAUCCGCAUGCUAUGGGCCCGAUUUGGGGCUCCCAAGGGGCCGCCCCUGGCUCGGGCCCUGGCGGGGCCAUAGCAUGCGGGGAAGGUUUUUCGAUUCGAAACCAAAUGGAGGCCAGCUCUAGCUCGAUACUUUUAGCGACCGCCGUGCCGUCGUGCAUAACAUUACUCACGAUGGCAUGGCGGGCAGAGAAGUUGCGUCUUUUUUUGGCGUGAAGACAAAAAGACCGCCAUGACCUCACUACCUCCGCGGACGCGGCUAUUAUUGGUACUUCUACGUCGUAUGCAACACAAAUACACAGGUUUCUCGACGACCAGACGCGUGAAUAUCAACUGUAAAAAUGUCUGGGUCUGGAAGAUUCCAACUUGUCAUGCUGAUUUUGGAUUCUAAAAAAAUCUGUAUUGCAUGAGCAGCAAAGAGACUCCGAGUUUUGCUACACGGAAAGAGCAUUUGCCAUGCGGUAUAGGCAUCAGGAAGCCCUCACAAGAUCUGUGACGCUAGGGCAUGCAUCACAGACAUCAGGAGUCAUGCAAAAUGCGCAUGACAAACCUGGCAAUCUUCCAGACCCAGACAUUUUUGCAAUCCAUAGUGAAUUAGUCGAGCUGAUUGUCCAGGAGCAGUUAAAAGUUGCGAAAAACUAUGAACUGCAAAAGUAAAACGUACUAGUUCUAGUUCAAAUUGCAUUACAAAUUUUGGCAAGAAGAACAAUGGAAUUUGUAAUGCUGUUUUACCAUACAGGAGGGAGAUUUGUCAUGCAUAUUUGCAAUUAGUACGAUUGCGAUACUUUUGCACAGCAUAAAAACGAAGAGGAUUUCCAGCAGGAACGGGAAAUCCGCGCGGAAAAAUAUUCUGAGUAAAAACAUCCCCACCCCAGACUUAUCAUCAUGCAAAUCUGCAUGCCAAAAAAGUUUCUCAUGCGAAGCCCCAUGAGGAGCUUUUUCUAGUCGUGUUUUGGGAUUUGUCAUCCUAGAAAUAGCAUGAUACGGUAGAUCUGUGAUGCUGCCCAACUGGCUAAGCAGGGUUACACUACGAGGACGAACUGGCCAUGCGAAAUAACCAAAGUUUGCUGAUUUGUCUAGCAGAUUUCCCAUGUUGACUCUGGUAUGGGGACGCUUUUACUCAGGAUAAAAAAAUCGAAGAAUUCAAACAGUUGGAGAAAGACCAAGAGUACAGCCAGCUGCAAGCGGAAGCGGAGUCCGCGAAAUUGUUCCAGAAAAAGUGCAACGAGCUGGAACUCGAACUAGAUAGCGAGAAGCAGCGGGCGAAGAAUGUCAUGAACCGGCUGCAUAUGCAUUGCAAAUAUGUCUGGGGGUCUGGAAACUUGUGAUGCAAUUCAGUGAACAAUAACCGCUCUGUAAUGCGCCGCCAAGCAUGGCAAGUUUUUUCGUGCUUCUGUACUGCGUAUUUUGCAUGAGCAACUGCGCUUUUGCACGACAGGCAAGAGGACCUCUUGGUGGCCACGCAAUACAGAGUGCAGAAUCAUGCAAGACUAGCAUGACAAGUCUCGCAAUCUUCCAGACCCAGACAUAUUUGCUGCAUUUGAUACUGCAAAAGCGGAAUGAACAGCUGGAGGCGGAAAUUUUAUUGAAGCUAUCAACUGCAAAAAUCCCUGGAUGUCUGGAAGAGUGUAGACUUGUCAUGCAGAUUUUCCAUGACCCAUGAGGUCUGAGAUGCGGGACUUAGCAUGACACACUCUGCGAGGUCUCUGCCGUGCCUAUUCUACAUGAGAAACUCCGUUCCAACUUGGUCAAAAGUGGACAGCUUUUGGCACUCAUGCAACACAGAUUUUUGCAUGCUUCAGAUUUACCAUGACAAGUUGCAAUCUUCCAGAGCCAGACAUUUUUGCAAUUCAUAGAAGCAGGAGGAGAACAAAACUUCCGUGACGAACAGCAGGAAUUUGUUAGCGGAGAUCCAGAAAUUCAAGGAACAGUUGAUAGAUGUGGAAAAGGAAAAACAGAAACUAGAGAAAGAGCUCGAAUCAAUUCAGCAAACAACUGCGAAGCAAGCGGAAAAAGCAAAACAACAGGAAAAACUGAUUGAUACUUUGAACUACGAAAAGAAGAAGAUUGUCGACGAUUACGAGAAGGAGCAGGUGCAACUCCGGUCCGCAAACGUCGACCUCGCGGGGCAGCUUGAACAGAAAGACGAGUUGAUCAACGACUUGGACCAGAAAUCGAAGUCCCUAGACUUGUGCGUGCAGGACUUCCUCGUGAAGUUCAGCAAGGUCGAAGAGGAUAGAAGAACAGAGCAAAACAACUUUGAAGAAACAAUCAAAGCCUUGAAGGAAAAUCUAGCAAAAACGAGUGAAGCGUUUGAGCAGAAAUGCUUGGAGGCGGAAAGGUUCCGGUUCGAUUUGGAAAAGCAGUCGGAAUUAGUGGAGAAUCAAGUUUUGGAGUUGCAGGAUUUACAACGAGAUUUCGACUCGAUGAGUAAAACGCUGAAGGAAAAAAGUGAAUUGCUCGAGAAGUUAGAAGACUCUUUUUCCACUGAGAAAUCUCAAACCACCGAACUCCGGCAGCACUACCGGGAGCAAGUCACUGAGACGAAUAGUCUGAGGGACGAAUUGGCGACAGUGAAAAAAGAUUCCGAAAAAGCGGAUUUGAAAAACAAGGAAUUAGAAACGGAAAAUAAGUUGUUUGAAGAGCAAAAGACACUUGCGGAAUUCCGGUACACAGAACAAAGCGAGGAAUUCGAGAAGGCAAAAACGAAAAUUACUGAGUUGGAAAAGGACUUCAAGGAAUUGGAAGAGCACAAGCUGCAGAUGGAGCGCGAAUCUGCGGUAUCAAAUGCAAAAAUGUCUGGGUCUGGAAGGUGGUAACUUGUGAUGCUGUCUUUGGAUUCCAAAAAAAUCUGUAUUGCAUGACUAGCAAUGGGAGUCCAGUUUGUGCUACACGGGCGGGUCAUUUCUCGUGCGGAAUACGCAUCAGGAAGCCUUCUAAAAAUCUGGGAUGCUAGGGCAUGCAUUACAGGCGUCAUUGGUCAUGCAAAAUAUGCAUGACAAACCUGGGAAUCUUCCAGACCCAGACAGUUUUGCAUUUGAUAUGCGGAGAUCCAAAAUGAAUUGAAGGAUAAAUGUGGUCUAUUGGAGGACGAGAAGCAAGUUUUGGAAGAGGAAAAUACGAAUUUGGAAAACCGGGUGAUCAUCCUCGAAAACAACGUGGGAAAUUUGAAGAACAUUGUGCAGCUGAACAACGAAUUCUACGCGAAAUUCGGAAAGGAGACCAUGCGGAGUAACGAAGAGCAAGAUCAUGGCGAAAAUCAAAAUUCCGAUACGGAGGAAGAAGAUGGCAACAGCUCCGAUUAUGAGUACAGUGAAUCUGGAGUGCUGUCAAAUGCGCAACUUUCUAACGCGAAUUCCGCAACUGGGAAGAGGAUGAAGGAAGAAAUCGCGACGGAAAUCGAGAGAAGCUUGGUGACGGAAAGCAGCCCGCCCUUGUUUCCGAAGAAAAGUAGAAGAUUGAAAAAUAAAUCGUCGAAGAAAAGGAAGAUCGAAAAACUGCAGUAUGAAAGCCAACAAGAAGGGUCGUUUAUUCCCGGUCAGGAAACAAGCGCUGCUGGGACGAGCAACGCACUUGCUGCGCACUUUGAAGAUCCGAGGAACCAGGAGGAUUUUCUCGCCGACGGGCCUUGGGACUUCGAGGAGAGUUGCGAUGGCAGUUAUGCAUUGCAAAUAUAUCCAGCUCUAGAAGAAUGCAAACUUGUGAUGCGCAUUUCACAACACAUAAAAAUCUCUCAUGCGUAGGCAGCAAAAGCUGCCCACUUUCUGUCACCAAAAUGAGAAAUUGGUCAUGCGGAUUCGGCAUUGCGGAAGCUUCUCGAAACCUGUGAUUCUAAAGCUUCCAUGCCAGACCUUCUGUGUCAUGCAAAAGCAGCAUGACUCUUCCAGACCCAGACAUAUUUGCAUUUGAUAGCAGUCUGGUGGUCACGAGACGGAAGUUUUUCGAGAUCACAGCGAGAAGCAGCAACGCCUUGCGGCGUCCCGGAAGUGGUGGUGCUGAGGAGCAGAACGAGAAUCACAGCCAUGGUGUUCCUUAUGGUAAUGAGAAUGUUGACAAAGAUGACCAGGACGGCAGCGUAUAACCCGCUCAGGUGUUACAAUCUCAAACGUUACAAUAUAAUUUGGAAUUUGUGUUGCGAAAUCCGCAACAUCUGGCCUACUCCCAAAGGAGCGCGCAUGACAAGUUUCGGAGCCCCAAACCCCAUGAGAUUCUGACGAAAUUUGUAUUGCGAAAAGCCCAAGUCUCUGUAUGGUACUCAUGCUGUUCAUGCAAAACAAAUUCCAGAUUCUAUUGUAACGUUUGAGAUUGUAACAUCUGAGCAAGCCAUACAGUGCGGACAUGUCUUCUAGUGUCGCCGCCCACGACAUCAACGACAACGAUCAAGACUAUCAUAUGUAAAAAUGUCUGGCGGGUCUGGAAGAAUGAAACUUGUGAUGCUGAAUUUGGAUUCCAAAAAAAUCUGUAUUGCAUGAGCAGCAAAGGGAGCGUAAUGCUUGCUACGCGGGGAGGCCAUUGGUCAUGCGGAAUAGGCAUCAAGAAGCCCUCAGAAAAUCUCUGAUGCUAGGGCAUGCAUCACAGACAUCAUGGCUCACGCAAAACGUGCAUGACAAGUCUCAGAACCUUCCAGACCCAGAUAUUUUUACAUUUGAUAAAGACCAACAUUCCGCUAUGUCGAAGAACAGCACGAGAUAUAAUAACAACUACUACAACCCGGCGUCGCGGCGGAAUUCCAAAACGGAGAAUUUUUUCCCGAACCGAACCAAUUUCUCCUCCGGGACUGGUGCGGGAGGCGCGGGCGGGAGCAUCAAUAACGUUGCGUUUUUUCCCGCCCAAGCGAACAUAACCAACACCUCCUCGAAAAUGUUCCGCGGGACGGGGAUGUCGUCUCAGCACAACCUAUCAAAUGUAAAAAUGUCUGGGUCUGGGAGAUUGCAAGAUUUGUCAUGCAUAUUUUGCAUGAUCCAUAAUGCCCGUAAUGCAUGGCCUAGCAUCACAGAUUUUUAGAGCGCUUCCUUAUGCCUAUUCCGCAUGACAAAUGCCAUCUCCGCGUAGCAAAAAAAGCGCUCCCUUUGCCGCUCAUGCAAUACAGAUUUUUUUGGAAACCAAAUGCAGCAUCACAAGUUGCAUUUUUCCAGACCCAGACAUUUUUACAUUUGAUACAACCGGACCACCUACCAAAGGACGAACCAAAGCAACAUGAUGAACCAAAGCUAUCCUUUGCAAAAGUAUCGUACUCGGUGCAUAUGCAUUUAUGCAUUACAAAUCUCUUUCUCAAAGUAAAAAAUCAGCAUUACAGGGUGCUGAGGGAAUUUGUCAUGCAAUUUAUACUAGUACGAUAGCGAAACUUUUGCAUUGCAUAAAAGCAGUCGGUUCACCAUGACCAGGUUCUGGGACGAGCGCCAGUCGGUCUUCACGGAAAGUCAGGACGCUCUGCGGAUUUUGGACGAGAGGUUGACGCAAAAUCUGCUCUGGAAGAAGUUUUCGCGGACCGCAGUCGCAGAGAAGAACAACACCGCGGUUGGGUUUGUUCAACAGAAUAAAAGCAGCAAAAAUUUCCCACCUGGGAAAAAACGGAUGGCGCAAUCUUUGACGACAUGGACCGCUUUAACAGCGGAAAAGGAGAAAUUAGCUAUGGGAACAACAAGCGACCAAGAAAACAAAAAGCGCGACGCGCAUUCCGCCGGUUUUCAUCGGGCAAUUGACGCGGCGAAGACCAGCAGCGCGUCAAGUUGUUCGAAGUCUGCUUCGUCCGAGGAGGGGGAGAUGUUGAACAAUGAUCUUAUCGCGUUGCCGCAGUCUAGUUCCAGUUCGGAGCGCGGGGAUUUGGUCGAUGAAGAUGACGUGAGCAACUAUAAUGAUGUGGAGCAUAAUCAUCUUCUCGAUGGCAGUGUCGGUGGUCCGCAAGAUCAUCGUCAUGGCGAAAACACGGAAAAUGAGGAAGAGCAAAGUUCAUCUUGUUUCUACGACACGACACAACAGGACAAUAGUAAAACGCCGCACGGAACCUUCUUCGGAGUCACGAUGUCAUCAUCAGCCUCUGGCAGUGUCGGCGACGGGAGAACAGGAGUAAGAAGCAACAGAAAUAAAUCUUCCCGGCGGAAUAAAAUGCAUGGGCUCCGGAAAAACCGAACCAUCUACAACCGCCAUCCGCGGAACCGCUCCGCUGGCCUCUAUCCUGAGUAAAAACGUACCCACCCCAUAGUCAAGAUGGGGAUCUCGCAACACAAAUCGAGAAGUUUUGGGAGUCAAGCAUGACAAGUUCCUCGCUGUAGUGUAGUGCAGUUUAGUAAGUGCAGCCGCAACACAAAUCGAUCCAUCUAGUCAUCCUGUUUACAGCAUAACAAAGUCCAAAAUACGUUUGGAAAUGCCUCUCAUGGGGAUGCGCAUUACAAAUCUUCCGGUAACUGCAAAUCUGCAUGACAAGUAUGGGGUGGGGACGUUUCUACUCAGCAUAGCCUUCGGGACGACAUUAAAGCGGCCUGGGGCGAGCACGCGGAGGAUUUACUGCAUAAAACGAAUGAGUUUUUGGAACAGACACGGGCGAGCAAUGCGAGCAGUCGGAGAAGGAGCGCGUCGAAUGCGAAGGGUAAUUUCUGGAGUCGAGGAAGAAAGCCCGGCGUUGAAGACGCUGACGAAAUAAAUGAUCCUGACGCGAAAAAAUCCGAGAUCAAGCGCACCGUCGAUUCCUACGGACUUGUUAUUACCCGCGCGCAUCCACUGCUUCACGCGGCAACGGACUUGAAAAAUGCGCGCCUUCUGCGGAAACUCGGGUACAGCGAGCACGAGAAACACCAACUGAUUCUACGGAAAUUACACAAUUUUGACGGCCAAGGGACCCACACCGCGGCGUUUGGACAGGAAGAGAACAGUAUGGAUUUGGACCACGAAGGCCAUCUACGACGGGACCACGCCGAUGAUUCGUCAAAACUCUCUUCCACGGCCAGUUCUCUCGGCGGCGACCCGAGACUUUUUUCCCGUAUGGCGGAAAGGAACAGAAAGCACCAGUCGUGGAUCCCGGACACUAGUCUGCAGGAAGGGGAAGAAGGGUUUGUGCCGCAGUGGCAGCGCGCGACGUUUCCGCCGUCAAGCACGAGGGUAAGGCAGGAGUUGGAGAGAAAACAUUUGGAAAGAGCAAGGAGGCACGCGGUGAAGAAGCGAGGAACAGGGCCAGGGCCGGGUCUAGGAGAUCCAGGUACUAACAACCAGCAGAGCAGCAGUUCUUGGCGGACCAAUAACAGUUCUAUGAUGAAUGGAAACAACGACAACCGAGCGCUGGAGGAAAACCGAACCAACAAAUCCUGGAACACAACCGCUCGGGAGUCGGGAGGUGAUGGUGCAGUUGCAGGUAACCACGAAAAUAACACGAAUACUAACGCUGCAACGAUGGACCGUUCGAAAGCGAAGUGGACCUGGACGGGGGUGCAAGCGACGUUUGGAUCCAAGGAACCUUUGUCGGAAACCCUCCGGAAGGAGAGGCGGGAAAGGCAGAAAAAUCUGGUUUCUCUCCUUGGAGAAAUCCUGAACGUCGGCGUAACUAACGGUAGUACCGCGACUGCUACGAAUGAUGAAAAUCUUCAAAAUACCGCGGCGAACAAGAGCUUGAAUAACACGGCGACAACUCUAAACUUCCAUCCCACACAACAACCACCUGCAGCAUCCUCCUCCUCCGCCGCGGCCAAUGAGAAUAACAACGACACUGCGACGAGUAAUGUGAAAGACAGGGUCGUCGAGCCGUGGGUGCGCGACUUGUUUCUCAAACUCCGUCAAGCGUUACUUGAUUCCCAGGUUGACAUUGUCGACUUGGAGGCGCAUAAGGAUGCGGUGUCCUCCAUGUUGGAAAACCAGGAGAAGCACAGUAAAGACCUCAGGAUCCAGCUCGCGAGGCACCGGAAGAUGUACGAAACAACCGUGUCCUCCUCCGGAUUCAGAAUGUCAAAAGGAGAUCAGUUUUGGACGCCGGCGAGCGGGUCGAACGCUGGGGGAAAUUUGAUGAACAACGGUGGUUAUGGAUUGCAAAGGCAUGAUCGUGCUACUAGCAAGUGAAUGACAAAUUUUAUCACAAGUAGAGCAUUUCGGAUUUCUAAUGCUGAGUUGCCGAAGAGCUGAGACUUCUCAUGCAGUGUUGCAAUUACUACGAGGGCGCUCCUGCAUUUGCAAUGCAUAGUCAGUUGCCAGCGACGAUUCAGGAACCAACUAGCCACACGAACACUGUCACGCGGGGCCUGAACCUCGGGCGGUCGAAUAUGGAUUGUAAAAAUGUCUGGGUCUGGAAGAAUGCAACUUGUCAUGCUGAUUUUGGAUUAUAAAAAAAAUCUGUAUUGCAUGAGCAGCAAAGAGAGUCUAAGUUUUGCUACACGCAGAGAGCAUUUGUCAUGCGGUAUAGGCAUCAGGAAGCCCUCACAAAAUCUGUGAUGCUAGGGCACGCAUCACAGACAUCAGGAGUCAUGCAAAAUGUGCAUGACAAAGCUGGCAAUCUUCCAGACCCAGAUAUUUUUACAUUUGAUAUCGAACAUGUGGUCGCAAUUGACGGACGACAUGCAGGAGCAGCUGCAUGCAACGGAAACGCAGCUGCGGAAUACAUUUUCGAAACUAGAUGUGGAAACGCAACAGAAGUUGGAGGCGCAGUCGUUGGUAACGGCUUUGGAAGGCGAAAUCAGACAGCUGGAAGACACGUUCAGACAGACACAACAGGUACAGAUUUCGCUGCUGUUUGUGAAGGAUCUGUAUGAGAAAUAUGCUGUGCGCGAGCGCCUGCCUAAAGAGUGGUUUACAACUACAUAAAGACGAUGCUUUUGUCAAACAAAUUCUUUCACUUUCAGGGCGCCACCGUUCCGCGCUGGGACGGUUCUGACCCGGAGCUGAUGCGGGGCUACAACAGCGAUGGCUCCGAGCCCGACGAUAACCGCGACGGGGAAGACGAUAACAGCGCCCAGCAACGUCUCAAGUAUGAUUCCCAAAACCCCAGCCGUCCACAAUCCAGCAACCGAUCAGGUUCAGGAGCGAAUGAAAAUGGUCAACAUAAUAAAGACCGGAAAAACGAUGAUCAAUCCGCGUCGGAGACAAGUGGGGAUAUCAAGACUCUCGACCCGGAUCAAUUGGAUCACGAGUCGCAAUUGAAAGCGAUUUUGGACACGACGAUCGAAAAUCUCAGCACGGACUACGCGAAGGAAUCCCGGAAGGAAUUGCUCCAGAGGCUGCAGGAGUUGGAAAGGGAGAAGGAAGAAGCUAGUAGGACGAUCUCGCGGUUACGCUUGAUCAUCAACGAGAUGUCGAUGCGGCUAGUGAGGCUGAAAGAGAACAUGGAAUCCAGCAACGGGAUGGAAAAUAAGCAAACAUCGAACUACGAGGAAAUGUUUCGGCAGUCUGGCCUUGGGGAUUUUCUCUCCCGCGACCCGGGAAAUGUCUUCAACCGGCUGUACCAGGACGCGGUGCGGCGGAUAAGGAAAAUAGAAGACAUACAGAAUCAAAAGCAGCAAUUGGAGCAAACGAGUGUUUUACGCGUGUUUUUCGCCCCCGGGGAAGAGAACGACAACGCGGAGAUUUUUCAGCGGGCGCAAAUGAUCAAUAGUAUGGCGAAUGGUGGUGGAAAUGCGGGGGCUGCUGGCGGCGUGCAGGUUUCCGGGGGGCAGCAAGGCAACGCAGCGGGAAUCAAUGGUCUGGCGUUGGAUCUCUUUCAGCCUGUUGUUGAUAAGAGCAGGAAAUCCUCUCUGAAGAGCGGGCUUGGGGGUGGUUCUUUGGGGAAUAAAAACGAGUUGCUCUACGGACAGAAUUCUCUGACCAACACGAAUUUGGACACGACCUGGGACGAAGCUGGUUGCACAACGACAGUGACAACAUUGAGCGGGUCACUUAUCACCUGUAAAAAUAUCUGGGUCUGGAAGGGUGUAAGCUUGUCAUGCAGUCUUUCCAUGACUCAUGAGGUCCGGAAUGCGGGACUUCGCAUGACAGACUCUGUGAGGCCUAUGCCAUGCCUAUCCUGCAUGAGAAACUUCCUCCCAACAUGGUCGAAAGUGGACAGCUUUUGGGAAUUAUGCAACACAGAUUUUUGCAUGAUUGAGAUUUAGCAUGACAAGUUGGAAUCUUCCAGACCCAGACAUUUUUGCAUUUGAUACUACUGCAGGAACAACCAAACCAGUUUCCACAACAUCAGCGCGCCGGCCAUCAGGGCGGGCGGAGGAACAACGACAACCCGGAAGAAGAUGACCAAGAAUCCUUCAGCUUUUACAAUCCAAACAACGACACUGCGCACCAGCAGUUGGCACUUUUGGAUGAGGAAAACGUCUCUUCCGGUGUCGUGCAAAAGCAGCGGCGAAUGCGCAGCGGGGUCGUGGAUUUGUCCGGUUCCAUGGUGAUCGACCAUGACCAGCAGUCGGUCUCUGGGACGUCGUCACGUGGUGGGGAAGGGGAUGACCACGAUGGUGGGAUGAACUCUUCACACGAAUACACCGAGAACGAAGACCAACAUUCUCAGCAGCGAGGCGAAAAUGGUGAACAGGCGGAAGGUGGCUCAUCGUGCGCAACGUUUCUCACCGAAGACGCUGCCGCAGCUGCUGUUUCUGGCGAUCAGGAAUAUGAUGAUGGCAGCUACAGCGAUCAGAACCUCCAAGUUGUGCACGGGCGGGAACUAGUUCUUGCCGAAACUUCGCUCUACACGAACGCGUCACGGUCGCGAGAAGGGUCGGCUCAGGAUGAACAAGAUCAGCAUGGAAUAAAUGCAAGUCCUCCAAUUGUGCACCGAAUACCUUCGCUAACCAGUCCGAACAAGCAGCCACCGAUCAUGAUGCAGUCUUAUGCGCCGGCGAAUAAGUGGUCGACAAGAGGAGGAGCUCUACCCGCACAGGCACCUGGAUUACAGCAGCAUCAUCUAGGAGCAGCUGGUGGACCAAACGCAGGGAAAUACAAGAUCACCCUGUCUCCACUCGAGGCGUCUCCGGGGAAGCGCCUCCCAUCGCAGCAGUUCUUCGUGGUGCAGGAGCAGCCUGGGCACGACUACCACACGUCCGAGAUAGGGGGACCUGGUGGCUCAGCAUCGUCGAAUCCCAUGGACGAUUUUUCCUCCCUGAGUCCAUCGAAGCGCCAGCUGUCCCCGUUGAAAGUCAGUCCUUCCAAGAUGAACAAAAUGAAGGGAGAUCAUGACGGCGCAGUUGGUGGCGGAAACACCCCCUGGAGCAGCAGCAAGUUUGUUUCCCCGUUGACAGCAGCUUCUGGGCAAGCGAGCGGUCUCUUGGGAAAAUCGCCGUCCAAGGUACCGCUUUUCUUGUCCCCGUUGUCCCCCAUUGUAGACAUGCACACUGCGAAGAAUCACCAUAUGGAUUGCAAAAAUGUCUGGGUCUGGAAGAUUGCAACUUGUCAUGCUGUCUUUGGAUUCCAAAAAAAUCUGUAUUGCGUGACCAGCAACAGGAGUCCGCCAGUUUGUGUUACGCGGAGAGGGAAUUUCUCAUGCCGAAUAGGCAUCAGGAAGCCCUCUAAAAAUCUGUGAUGCUAGAUCAUGCAUUACCUGUAUCAUGGAUCAUACAAAAUAUGCAUCACAAGCCCCGGAAUCUUCAAGACCCAGACACUUUUGCAAUCCAUACACCAGUUUACCGGCGGAUUCGCAAUGAACAGGAAGAGCCCGGUGAAGAAUGGGUGGAAAUAGCGGAGGGACGCGCGGAAAAUAUCGAAUGGAUCAUUGAAAGAUUAAGAGUGCAUUACUACACUAGCAGUAACGUCGUGAAAACGAACAGCGAGGCAGUAACUUAAGUUUCGAAAUGUCACAAUCACAAAGACAAAGUUAUUUUUAGCAAUCACAACUUUACCGUAAAAGUAGAAUGAAAAUUGUCAAUAAAGCAGAAAGCGAUUGUAUACAACCGUGUCGCUAGGCUCGCGAAAUGUAUGCUACUCGUUGUAAAGGAUAAUCCUGUAGAAUCGUUCCAAAAUGUACAAGAAUUGAAGCUUGCGAGUGUUUUGCUUCACAUCAUGUACAAAGCUGACCAAUGAUUGUCGGAAACCUCCAUUGUUUCCUGUUUCGAUCACUGUUGCGAUUUAUAAAUUUGUGCGUGGAUUCCUGUACUCAUUGAAU